AUGUCCUUGGUCCCCAAACUCCUUGAUAAUGAGGAUAGUAAGAUUCUUGAGGCCGCAAUUUCAAAAAAAGAAAUCAAAGAAGCUAUAGAGGCCCUCAGUAAUGAUAAGUCCCCUGGACCAGAUGGGUUCCCAGUAGAAUUCUACAAGGAUAAUAUUGAAUGGAUAGUGGAUGAUCUCCAUGAGAUAUACUCAGAGGCUAUUCACAAGGGAUCCCCGAGGGAAAAUAUAAACCAAGAUGGGAUUGGAAGCCCACAGACCAAGGUUCGAAACCUCACAGACAAGCCCUUGUAUGUUCAAAUUCGUGUGGGUGCCAUUCUGAGGAAGGCCUACAGAGUGAAGGCUGGGUGCAGUAAAACCCUGAGCUCCACCAACAUCUGCACAAAGUAUUCUCCACAAGGCCACAGCACUUUUUAUUAUGAUGGAAGCUGCGAGCCCUAUGUCUGGAUUCACACUCCUACUUUUGCUGCCUGCUCUACUGCUAAACAGCAGUAUGUGAGCCUCGCUGAUUUGGAGGCUUGCAGAGUGCUCAGCGUUUGCCAAGACUCAAUGAAAACAGCUUUUUCUGUAAUCAGGAUUUACAGAUGA